CUUCCAUUGAACUGGGUAGUCAACAGUUUCCAUGGAGACGCCGUCCCCCGAGGGUCCUGCAUUCUGGAAACUCCUGGGCCUCUAUGCCAAAUAUCUGCAAAAACACGAUUCUGAGCGGCUGUUGCAGAUUGUUCUCCCUACCCUCGACGACCGGAAUUUCUUCGAAACUUGCAACGAUUUGCAAGCAUUUCAUGAAAUCGCCGACGUCCUCAUCUCGACGAAGGUUGAGCUUCCAGAGGCCAUUCGUCAGGCGAUGGCAGAGGGACUGAUUGAGCGAUCGCUGGAUCCGUCUCUAUCUCCUCAUACAAACGAAAGAUAUGUUCGCCUGGUAACUGCUUGUUUCCGCACGGCGAAAGCGUACCUUCACAACAAAUUGGAGGCGAUGGUAGAAUUGGUGGACAAGACGAUGUGUUCCAGUCAUAGAGAUCGGACCUUCACCCUUCAGGAUGGGAUUUUCUUGGAGGAAAUGCUUCUGGCGAUUCAUUCUCAGCCGCACAUGGACAAGGUUUGAUCUUUGCAAAAAAUCCACACGGACUAUGGUGAGUGAGUGCGACUGACAUGUCUGACGUCACACGUCUGAUCUGCAGUUUGUUUGCGAAAAGCCGUCUGGGGCAUCAGACAAAGUAAGGUUGGAAGGCAUUCUGGAGUCGUUGCUCCAGUCGCCAUCUCACCGCCUCCGUCAGCAAGCACUCAACUUGAUAGGCGCUUGCUGCUUCUCUUCAUUCAACGCCUUCCUCCAGCUGCAGCCAAUUCUUGACACAGCCUUGGAGCUGGAAGACUUCGAGAUAAGACUUCACGCUCUGAAAGUCAAGCUUGACAUUAUCUUCCUUUACCAUGACAAGAUGCCAGUUUUGGAGGUCCAGCGGGCGUGCUUGUCCCACCUGUUCUCACCAUCCAUGAAGACGCAAAUGGUGGCUGCUGUUGGCAUUGGAAGACUGUUGCUUCAUGACUGCUUUGAAGAUGUAGAGCCUUUGCUCUCGGAAAUGUUGGAGAGAUAUGUCUACAAGCCACCAGAAAGGAUCAGGUAAGUACACGCCUUCGAUUGAUGCAGCAUGGGUCUUGCAUCAUGGCUUAUAGUUGCAAUAACUUUCUGCAGUGAGGAUCAAAACGCCAAGGUCACGCGAGUCCUUCGUAUGUUCUUCCAAGAAUACUCAGCAGAGAAAACCAAGCACCAAGACGAAAUCUGCAACACUGUUGUGUACAAGACCCUUGAGGAGAUGAGGAAGGGAUGUUUGGUGAUUUUACCCAACGGCAAGGUGGGUCAUGGCGUGAAGAAUGGCGGUGCUACACGAUACCGAGAGUUCUGUCUGGCUCUGAAGUUUGCCCUAACUCUCUGUGGGGAUAUGACAUCAGCUAUAGCUGAGAGUCUCAGCGUCAACAUGCCAGACUAUCAUGGGAAGCCAAUGUCGAAGCAAGCCUUCAGCUCAUGGCUCACUGCACUCUGAAGGAUGGAUAGCCCUUCCUGUCAUCUGAUAUAGCUUCAGCAGUUCGUUGUAAACACAUUGCCAUGCUGGGGUUGGUAACAUGCUAAUUCAAGUCCAAUCA